CACCAUUGCCGGCGUGUGGCUGACGUCAGUGGCCGGGGAGAGCAGCAGUGGAGGCGGGCAUAGAAGGAGGAGGCAGUCGGCUGGAUGUGUGGAGCGCAGUGGACGGAGUCUUUCCUCGGGACUAUUCCUGCUUCUUCCUCUUCACCUUCGUUGGAAUAUUGGACAUCUCUCUGGAGGAUCCUUGAACCCACAGACUUUCCACUAUGAACCGAGCCUUCAACAGGAAAAAAGAGAAAUCGUGGAUGCACACUCCAGAGGCGCUCGCCAAACAUUACAUACCCUACAAUGCCAAGUUCCUCGGGAACACAGAAGUGGAAGCUCCGAAAGGCACCGAAGUUGUCAAGGAUGCCGUUCGGAAGCUCAAGUUCCAGAGACACAUCAAGAAGUCGGAGGGGCAGAAGAUUCCCAAAGUUGAGCUUCAGAUUUCCAUUUACGGAGUGAAAAUCCUCGACCCCAAAACAAAAGAUGUUCAGCACAACUGUCAGCUACACAGGAUUUCCUUCUGCGCGGACGACAAGACCGACAAGAGGAUAUUCACUUUCAUCUGCAAAGACUCCGAGUCCAACAAGCACCUGUGCUACGUGUUUGACAGCGAGAAGUGUGCUGAAGAGAUCACCCUCACCAUCGGGCAGGCCUUCGACCUGGCCUAUAAGAAGUUCCUGGAGUCCGGAGGGAAAGACGUGGAGACCAGGAAACAGAUCGGGGGACUUCAGAAGCGAAUCCAAGAGCUGGAGACAGAGAACUCUGAAUUGAAGAUGCAACUUCAAAAUCUGGAAGAACAACUGAUGAUCGCUCAUGAGCCACCGCCGCUCCACAUUACCUCUUCUAAUGAAGCCUACAUGCUGCAGAGACCUUCCUCUCUCUUCUGGUGCCACAGCCUCCAGUCUCUCUCCUGCCUGGAGAUCUCCUCGGUCACACUCACCCCCAUGAGCUCGCCGGAGUCCAACCUGUCGGCCGGCCUACUAACGCCUCCUCCUGCCAAACCUGCUUUCCUUUCUUCUAAACCCUCCGAGGGCUGCAGCAUCCCGCGACCUCGUGCCGGUAGCAUCUCCAUGAAGCCUCAGUCCACAGAUAUUUUCGACAUGGUUCCCUUCUCACCUGUGACGCCUCUGGUGCCGAUGGUCGCCAGCAAUGGCUGUCCACCCCCUCCCCCGACCUCCCUGCCACCUGACAUCAGGAAAGAUUUGUUCGGAGCGGAACCGUUUGAUCCGUUCACCUGCGGAGCUGCCGACUUCCCGCCAGAUAUUCAGUCUCAGCUGGAUGAGAUGCAGCGUCAGAGAUGGUUUGUAUCUGCUGCUCUCUGUGUCUGUCUCCAGCUGUUGCAUGUUGCCAUAGUAACGUGAUGGUGAAAACAUCUUCGUCCAGUUUGUACGGAAGAUGAUUUUCUCUCACCUGGUGCCGGUGUUUAAAUGUCAUGAUGUGGACUGAAGCAAAUGGUGUCAUGUCUGAUGUGAUGUCAUUCUGGAUGGAAAAACGCAGACGCAUCUAAUCCUGGCAACAUUCUACGGUCCACCAUGACCUGUAUAAUUCCAUCAGUGAUCAAAAGAUGGCAGUGUUGAGUGUGUUUUUUUGCUGUUUUAUUUUGGAGAGGUUGCAAACUUUUAAACAAAUAUUUUAUAUAUUGUGUUAAUUACUCUCAUAUUAUUGCAUUUUUAUUCUAAUAAUUACUUUAAUACAAGAUGUAUUAUGUAUGUCAUACUUUUGCUUUUUUUUUGUACAUUUUGUUUUAUAUUUCGUCACUUCAAUAAAAUAAUAUUUUUUGUAUAUGUAGUUAUGACAGAUUCCUGUGAACUCCGUGACCCAACUUUCUUUUGAAUGCAUGUGUAUGUCUUUACAAUUCUUAUUUAAAAUUCUACAAACCCUCACAGAUUUUUUUUUGGUCAAUUCAAUAAUGGAUGACCUUUUAGUAGUGGCGUGAACAGUGUCAGAGUCCCAUUGCUGCCCAGAACUGUAACUGCAACUUUUGACUUCACUCUUCCAGUGUUGUUUUUCCAUCCACCGUGUUGAAGAUCGGUCACACACUGUGUCACUCACUCACCUUGCUGU